CCUCGGCCAUUUUUUCAAAAACAAAGGUUGUUUUCGAUAAAAUAGCCGAGGAGUUCCGAAUGGCCAAACAAUUUACAUCAAUUUCCGGGUUGUACACGUCCAACGAAACUUGAUUAUCUUGAUUCAAGCUGUUGCUUCCAGCAUUUCAAGUACUGAGAGGACUGGUGGUUUCCUCAAAACCUUUACAAUUUGUUACUGCUGUGCGAAGUUUCCACAUAUCAAGCGUGAUGUCGCAGUACAAUGUGGUAUUUGUCCUUGGCGGGCCGGGAGCAGGGAAGGGAACCCAGUGUGAAAACAUUGUCAGGGACUACGGUUUUGUUCACCUGAGUGCCGGAGACCUACUUCGAGAGGAGAGGCAGCGACCAAGCUCAGAGUUUGGGGAGGAGAUUGAAGGACACAUCAAGAAUGGCACCAUUGUACCCGUACAAAUUACUUGCUCCCUUCUCAGAAGGGCAAUGGAAGAAAGUGGGGAAAAGAAGUUCUUGAUUGAUGGAUUUCCUCGAAACAAAGACAACUUGGAUGGCUGGAACAAUGCCAUGAAAGGCGUCGCCGACGUCAGGAUGGUGUUGUUUUUUAACUGCAGUGAGCAGGUGUGUGUGGACAGAUGUCUGAACAGAGGGAAAACAAGUGGAAGAUCAGAUGAUAACCUAGAAAGCCUGAAGAAGAGAAUCCACACAUAUAACUCUUCCACCAUGCCAAUCAUAGAUCACUAUCGCACCCUGAGUCUUGUACAGGAAAUGAAUGGGGAGAAAUCUCCAGAUGAGGUGUAUGGAGAUGUGAAGGGGGCUUUAGAUGGACUCAACUUGUGAUAUAAAAGACCAUAGGCAUUUUUUGUUCUACAUCAUGAUGAAGAUGGCAUUUGUGUUUUACAUCAUGAUGAAGAUGGCAUUUGUGUUUUACUUUAUGAUGUACCUGUAAGUUUUACAAAUUGACUUGUUUUUAUUAUUAAAGAGUGUUAUUAUAUCUCCUCACAUUAGUGGGAAGACAAAUUGUUUUGCUCUGGUUGUCUGUCCGUCACUGAUUGUUUCCCCUCCAUAUCUGUGUAUGACCCGCUGUUCUUGUUUUAUGCCUUCCAUGCUUUUUCAUACAUGUUUUUUCUACUUCCCAAAGUCAAAUGUUGUGGAACGGCUAAUAGGCAGUGCAGGAUAUACUUAUUAAGCAUCUAGUAUUAAGAUCAAGUAUUUACCCCUUAAAUUAAAAAAAAUAUUGCUUAAAUUAUGAACUAAAAAUGGUAAUAUAUACAGGAGGAUCUGGUCAAAGUUUGGAAUUGUGAUCAUUUUGAAUAACUUUCCAAUCUGGGCAGUAUAAUUAUUUCCUGUCCUAUUGGAAACCUAGAAAAAAAGGCUACAAUAAUUGAACUUAUUUAAGUAAGGUUACGUACAUGACAAGUUAAGUUAGUUACUUAAAAAUAUGUUGUUCAAGAAGGUCUAAUCUAUUAUACUGAAACAUUGUAUUGAUGUUUUCAUGGUUUUUCUAUUUGUGUAAAGUGUGGCUGCAGUAGUCAGUUUUGUAUUAUUUUAGGGAUGUUCAUGUUAUCCUUGUAUGCUAUUUAUUAUUUAUGUAUUGAUUUUGUUGUGAUUUAUGUAUUGAAUUGUGUUGGGCAAUUCUUUAUGUGGCUUUCUAAACAUAUUGUAUAGGGGUUGGCAACUUGAUCUUUGAACUAAUUAAAAUUCCUAAAACCAUGACAAUCAUUGUUGAUUUGAAAUUCGUUUUUUUCUUAAUAAAGCAAGGAAUAUGGAAUAUCAUCGUCUUGUAACGUUUUUGAAUUAGAAAUUCAUACUUUUUUGUUAGUAAUAUUGUAAAACGAAAAAAAAUGACCUAUAUGGUGCUACUUUCUUUUCAAGGAAAAACUAUCUUGAAUUAAAUUAGAUUUGUAAGUUCUGAUUUUAAUAAUGCAGAAUAAAUAUGUAUUAAGUUUACAUAUCAAUAUAAUACCAACUUCAUUUUAAUGCUUUUAUAUUGCAGUAUUAGUCGGUUAAUAUAAUCGUGGGCUCAACUACAUAUUUGAUCAUUUUGUUUUUAUAAAUGAUGUUGAAAAAUGCCAGCCUCAUUUGAUAUUAAAUGGCCUUAAGAUACCUGCAGUUUUUAAAUUUAGCAGAAAGGUAUUUUAAUUAAAUUCUAAUUUCAUGUUUAAACUUGUUACGUCUUUCGGUAUGUUUAUGAACUAUGUAUACAAGUAUCUUAGUUAUAAAACUAAUGAAGAGACAUACAUAGCUCCAGGUUUUCAUUACAGCAAUAUCACACUUCUUUUACAAGUGUUUUAUAAUGAUGUUUUUUGCGUGUAACUUUAGUGAAAUGCCUAUUGUAAGCAAUAUGUAAAUUUGGUAUGUACAAUAAAUCUUUAUAAGGUAACUA